AUGGGCACACUAUUUCGAAGAAAGGUACAGAACAAGAAGAACGAUUCCGGCGAGGAUGAUAGAGGGAGCUCUUCUCACAACAAGCGAGAAAACAGGAAUCACAUUCAUCAUCAACAGGGAUUAGGUCAUAAGAGAAGAAGGGGUAUAAGUGGCAGUGCAAAAAGAAAAGGUCAUAAUGAAGAUUUGGACAAGGAAAGGGACGGAAACAGCAGAAAACGGUGGAGGGAUUCCAGAAGACUUAUUUUCAUUCUUGGUGCGUUCUUGGGUGUGCUUUUACCAUUCAGCUUUGGCGCUUAUCAUGUACAUAAUAGCAACAGCGACUUGUUUGACAGCUUUGUGAAUUUUGACUCACUUAAAGUGUAUUUGGAUGAUUGGAAAGAUGUUCUUCCACAAGGUUUAAGUUCAUUUAUCGAUGAUAUUCAGGCUGGCAACUACUCGACAUCUUCUUUAGAUGAUCUCAGCGAAAGUUUUGCUGUCGGUAAACAACUGUUACGUGAUCACCACAUCGAAGCCAAACAUCCUGUCGUGAUGGUUCCUGGUGUGAUUUCUACCGGAAUUGAAAGCUGGGGUGUAAUCGGAGACGAUGAGUGUGAUAGUUCUGCUCAUUUUCGUAAGCGGUUGUGGGGUAGUUUUUACAUGUUGAAGACAAUGGUUAUGGAUAAAGUUUGUUGGUUGAAGCAUGUAAUGUUGGAUCCUGAGACAGGCCUAGACCCACCGAAUUUUACGCUACGCGCAGCCCAAGGUUUUGAAUCCACUGAUUAUUUCAUUGCAGGAUAUUGGAUUUGGAAUAAAGUUUUCCAAAAUCUAGGAGUAAUUGGCUAUGAACCCAACAGGAUGACUAGUGCUGCAUAUGAUUGGAGGCUUGCUUAUUUGGAUCUGGAAAGACGUGAUAGAUAUUUCACAAAGUUGAAGGAACAAAUCGAACUCUUUCAUCAAUUGAAUGGCGAAAAGGUCUGUUUGAUUGGGCAUUCCAUGGGAUCUCAAAUCAUCUUUUAUUUUAUGAAAUGGGUUGAGGCUGAAGGGCCUCUUUAUGGUAAUGGUGGCCGUGGCUGGGUUGACAAACACAUAGAUUCUUUUAUUAAUGCUGCAGGGACGCUUCUGGGUGCUCCAAAGGCAGUCCCAGCCCUGAUUAGCGGUGAAAUGAAGGAUACUAUUCAAUUGAAUACGUUGGCUAUGUAUGGUUUAGAAAAGUUUUUCUCCAGAAUUGAAAGAGUAAAAAUGUUACAAACGUGGGGCGGUAUACCCUCAAUGCUACCGAAAGGAGAAGAAGUCAUUUGGGGGGAUAUGAAGUCCUCCUCAGAGGAUGCCUUGAAUAAUAACACUGAUACAUACGGCAAUUUCAUUCGUUUUGAAAGGAACACAAGCGAUGUUUUCAACAAAAACUUGACGAUGAAAGAUGCCAUUAACAUGACUUUGGCAAUUUCACCUGAAUGGCUCCAGAAAAGGGUACAUGAGCAGUACACAUUUGGAUACUCCAAAACUGAACAAGAUUUAAGAGACAACGAGUUACACCACAAGUACUGGUCCAAUCCAAUGGAGGUACCACUUCCAGAAGCUCCCAAUAUGAAAAUCUACUGUAUAUACGGCGUAAACAACCCAACAGAAAGGGCAUAUGUAUACAAGGAGGAAAAUGACUCAUCUGCUCUAAACCUGACCAUCGACUACGAAAGCAAGCAACCAGUAUUCCUCACAGAGGGCGACGGGACCGUUCCACUGGUAGCGCACUCGAUGUGCCACAAGUGGGCCCAGGGUGUUUCACCCUACAACCCUGCCGCCAUUAAUGUUACCAUUGUGGAGAUGAAGCAUCAGCCAGAUCGAUUUGACAUACGUGGUGGGGCAAAGAGCGCCGAACACGUAGAUAUUUUAGGCAGCGCGGAGUUGAACGACUACAUCUUGAAAAUUGCUAGUGGUCACGGUGAUCUCGUUGAGCCACGCCAAUUGUCUAACUUAAGCCAGUGGGUCUCCCAAAUGCCUUUCCCAAUGUAA